GAUGAACUUGUUCUCUUCACUGACGCCAUUGGAAGAUGGGAAGAAAGUCCUUGUGAAAUGCUCCCUGAAUACAUGCAAGCACUCUAUUCCGUCGUGUACAACACGUCCGCUGAGGUGGCUGAAAAUGUGUUUAAACAACAUGGUUGCGACGGAGCCGGAUCCCCUGACGUACGGCCACCUGACGUUGGGCCACUGACGCGUGGGUCCGGGUCCACACGUCAGCGAGUGCGCCGUACGUCAGAGGAGCUGCGUCCGGUUGCGACACCCGUUAUGUUCUUGAGAAAGCUUGGCGAGACAUGGCGGAGUCUUUCCUGGUGGAGGCAAAGUGGCAGCAUGGAAACCACAGACCAACACUCCAUGAGUAUCUGGACAAUGGAUCAAUUUCAUCUUCUGCGCCACUGCUCCUGCAACAUGCAUUUCCCCUGCUCCGCAUGGAAGAAAAGCUCACCUCAAUGUCUAUUGCUAAAGUUGGAGGCUACCCAAAAUUAGUUCAGUCUGCAUCGUUAGUUCUUCGCCUCUGCAACGACUCUGCAACCCACUCUGCUGAGCUGGAGCGAGGGGAUGCACCAUCAUCAAUAGCUAUUCACAUGUCCGAGAACAGCUCCAGUGAGCAAGAGUCCCGUGAAGCCAUGGAAGAUCUUACCAUGGAAGCCUGGAAGUCAAUUAAUGAAGAUGCAUUCAAACAUUGCCGAUUUUCUAGAUCUUUCGCCAAGACUUGCGUGAAUUUGGCUCGAAUCUCACAUUGUGUUUACCAAGGCUGCGAUGGUUUUGGUGCGCCGGAUGGUCAGAACAAAAGGCAAAUUAAAGAGUUGUUCUUGGACUCUAUCAUGAGUGAGAAACAUUAAACGGUGGGAGACACAUAUCUUAGAAAGAUGCUAUAUAGGCUUAAUUAUCUGUAGGUAUUGAUUCUGAUUCUGUGUUAUACUACUAAAACUCUAGAACCAACACUAGCUGGUUGAUUAAAUGGCACCAUUUGGUGGUCUUGAUUUACAGUGCUUAGUGCUCCGUAACAAGAUGUGACAAGUUGUUAGAAAUUUUCAGGAUUCAUAAAGUACCUUCACACUUAUUUUAA